AAAAAUGUUGAUGAAAAAUAUUGUACUAAUUUGCGGAUUUCUGGUGAAUAAUUCUAGGGGAAGACUUGAUUAUAACUCUGAAUGUAAGGAUGCAAUUAGGCAUAUCGGGCUUCCUAGGAUUUGGAAAGAUGACAGUAAUAGUUCUCAUCCUCUAAAAUAUUUCUAUUCCAUAGAAUUCCAGUUUUCGAUAGCAAAUAAAGAACAAGAAAAUGACGAAAAAGUUCUGAAUACAGGUUGGUAUUCGACUGUACAUUCUCCAAUGCUCUCCUGCUUAGAUCAAGAGAGUCCCCAACUAGCAGAUAUAAUCAGAGAGAGUCUGUUGAGGAACGGUUCUACUGAUAACUACAGACUGUUUCGGCCUCUUGAAUACCAUUUAAAAAAUCCUGAACAAGUGCCUUUAGAAGUGGAUCAAAUUGUCUUCCAAGGAAAACUUAAAGAUGGAUUUUUUAUUGAAGCUGGAGCCCAUAAUUUCGAGUACUUCUCUGAUUCUUUAUAUUUUGAGUUAAACCAUGGCUGGAAGGGAUUAUUAGUAGAACCGCAUCCUGGGAAUUACAAGGAGGGAAUGAGCAAAAACAGAAAAGUUUCCAGUAUCAAUACCUGUCUCUCUCCUUUACCUAGAGUUUCCACCAUUCCAUUCAGUUUAAAUCGUCCUGGUGUUCUUCUAGUAGACGAUGAAACUGAGAAUACAGGUUUAAGUCUUCAAUGCUAUCCUUUGUUCUCAAUACUACAGGCAAUGGGUAAUCCUACAGUUAACUAUUUCAGUUUAGACAUAGAAGGAGGGGAGUUUCAAGUAUUGAAGACAAUUCCUUGGGAUAAAGUUGAUAUUCAGGUGCUCAGCGUAGAAACACAUUUUGCGGGGUUGAGAAGUGAGGGUUCUAGGGAUGAUAUUAUUGAAUACAUGAAGUCUGUUGGAUAUCAGUAUCUACAAUGGGGGCAUCAGGUGACAACCACAAUCCAAUAUAAGGACGGCAGCCAAGGAGAUUAUGAUUUAGUGAACGAUCUCUUUGUUAAGAAUGGAAUACCAGUUAUAAAUAUUUAUCAAUAAAAGUAUACUUUAGU